AUGCCUCGCAUCUCUCUCGACUCCGAGCGACCUAUCAUGGCCCCGAGUACAAUAUCCUCAAAACGCGCUUCCACACGUUUCAGCACAUACAGCGCCUCCCCAUCAUUCAACAGCAUCUCAACCGCGACGAUAGAAACCGGCAUGGCCGAAAUCAAACAACUAUCACAGGGCCUCGAAAGGCUAGCGAACAAACCUCUCAGUGAACAGAGAUUCGUCCCGAGCGAACAAAAGCAAGAUAACAUGAGCAAAGUCAGCUUGGGUGCGAAGGUCGAACGAGCGUUGAGCAGGCGCAUGACGAACCAGGACUACGUCAGGAAGGAGAAGUUGUCGGAGAAGAGUGGUUUGGUUGCUAUUAGCGAGAAGGCGUGA